AUGGUCGCGGCGGGAGAUCCGGAAUCCUUCUUCGCCACCUCGCCCGCGCUGCGCGACGCCAGUGCUGUCGCCGCCAACCUGCAGGAGUUCGUUGCGUGCAAUUCGCACGUCUCAUCAGAGGGCGGCGGGCGGCGGCGGAUCGUUUGCGUCACGUCGGGCGGGACGACGGUGCCGCUGGAGCAGCGAUGCGUGCGCUACAUCGACAACUUCAGCUCCGGCCACCGCGGCGCUGCGUCCACCGAGUAUUUCUUAAAGGCUGGCUAUGCGGUCAUUUUCGUCCAUCGGCGAGGGAGUUGCCAACCUUUCUCUAGGUUCCUCCCUGAUGAUUCGUUUCUCCAGUUCUUUGAUGUCACAACAGAUUUGAAGGUUCAAGUUGUCGAGUCCCAAGCAACGGUGGUAAAGAAAGCAAUUGGGGAUUAUCGCAAGGCUAUUGAAGGAGGCUCUCUGCUGAAACUCCCAUUCACCACGAUAUUUGAAUAUCUUCAGUUACUGAAGAUGGUGGCUACAUCUAUGAGCUCUGUGGGUCUCCACGGGAUGUUCUAUCUCGCUGCAGCUGUGUCUGACUUCUAUGUUCCAUGGGAUAGCAUGGCAAAACAUAAGAUUCAGUCAGCCGGAGGCCCACUGGAUAUGAAGCUCAGUCAGGUUCCAAAAAUGCUUUCCGUUCUGCGAAACCAAUGGGCCCCCUUGGCCUUCUGCAUAUCCUUCAAGCUGGAGACGGAUUCAGAUAUUCUAGUUCAGAAAGCAGAAAUGGCUCUGAACAAGUACAGGAUGAACGUUGUUGUGGCCAAUCUGCUUGCAACGUACAAAGAGGAAGUCGUCAUUAUCUCAAAUGGCAAAAGCAAUACCAUUCGAAGGUGCAACAAAGAUGAGGAUCUGGAGGAGCAUAUUAUCAAGCUCCUGGAGAAGAGCCACUCAAAGUAUAUUUACAGCAGCACAGAAGGGCGCAAUAAGAAUGAUUACGGAAAGAUUAUACCGUUAGGCAUCAAAAGUCUGGCUUGA